CGAGACACCGGAUAAGAAGAGUAGCGCUCCGAAGUCCAAACCGGCCCGCUGCCCAGAUAAGAGGAGGGGCCACAAGGCAAAAACAACCGUUCGAACGGCAACUCUCACCUUCUCUGUAUGUUUUAGCAAUUUCUGUAAUAUCUGCCGCCACUAAUAGAAAAUCAUAAAUGGACGGUAUGGCCUUAAAAUUCCCUUCUUUCAAAUUCCUAAACCCUAACACCUCCACCAUUCGAAGCCCAUCUCUUCUCCGCAAAUUCUCCUCCUCCUCCUCUUCACUUCCCGUAUCAGCAUCGGGUACUACUCUCAGAGAAGCAGGCCGGGCUUCCAACUCCGUUUCACUCGGUCAGUUAACCCGACCCGACUUCCCCAUCCUCCACCAGAAGAUAAAUAACGGGUCAAAUCUUGUUUACUUGGACAACGCAGCUACUUCACAGAAACCAAUUUCGGUGUUAAAAGCCCUGCAAGAUUAUUACGAAUCUUACAAUUCCAAUGUUCAUCGAGGAAUCCAUUACUUAAGUGCAAAGGCAACAGAAAAAUAUGAACAGGCGAGGGAGAAAAUUGCAGCAUUUAUAAACGCAGAAGAAUCUAGGGAGAUUGUAUUUACCAGAAAUGCCACUGAAGCUAUUAAUUUGGUUGCUUAUACUUGGGGGUUUGCAAAUUUUAAAUCAGGAGAUGAGGUUUUAUUGACCAUUGCGGAACACCAUAGUGCGAUUGUUCCAUGGCAAUUUGUGUCUCAGAAGACCGGAGCUGUUUUGAAGUUUGUUAAUUUAAAUGAGGAUGAAGUUCCGGAUGUACUUCAAUUGAAAGAAAUGAUUUCUAGCAAGACAAAACUUGUUGUGGUGCACCAUAUAUCAAAUACACUCGCUUCUUCUCUUCCUAUCGAAGACAUCGUCCGUUGGGCACAUGCUGUUGGGGCAAAAGUUCUUGUAGAUGCUUGUCAAAGUGUUCCGCACAUGCCGGUCAAUGUCCGGGACCUUGAUGCUGAUUUUCUUGUUGCCUCUUCACACAAGAUGUGUGGGCCUACAGGCGUUGGAUUUUUAUAUGGUAAAAGUGACAUCUUGUCUACCAUGCCUCCAUUUUUGGGUGGAGGAGAAAUGAUCUCUGAUGUAUUUUUGGAUCAUUCCACAUAUGCAGAACCUCCAUCAAGAUUUGAGGCUGGAACACCAGCAAUUGGUGAAGCAAUUGGAUUAGGAGCAGCAAUCGAUUAUUUGCAAGGAAUUGGCAUGCAAAAGAUUCACGAGUAUGAGAUGGAGCUGGCUAAUUAUCUAUAUGAAAACCUCUCUACUGUUCCUAACAUCCGUAUCUAUGGCCCAAAACCUUCCAAAGGAGUCGAUCGUGCCGCGCUUUGUUCUUUCAAUGUGAAGAAUAUUCACCCCACGGAUCUUGCAACUUUUCUUGACCAACAGCAUGGAGUGGCUAUCAGAUCGGGUCACCACUGUGCUCAACCUCUCCAUCGGUAUUUAGGAAUCAAUGCAAGUGCACGUGCCAGCCUCUAUUUUUACAACACUAAAGAGGAUGUUGAUUAUUUCAUCCAGGCACUCAACGACACUGUUAGCUUCUUUGAUUCUUUCAAGUAGAGUGGCCUUGCCUUUUAGCUUGCUGCUUAUUUUCAAAGUUGUGUCAAGUCUCCAGAGGAUUCCGUACACCAUAUAAUGCAACUUUACAGAUACUCUUUGUUUCUUUACUAGAGUUCGAGGUCUCCUCUUUAGUUUUGCUUGCCGCUCUAUUUUGAGUCUUUUUUUAUUGUUAGAAAAAAUAAAAAUUCCAGCUACAAAAGAGGCUCUUGUGUGGCUUACAUCUUUGGCCAUUAUUUUGUUAUUUUCACCAUUAAAAAAUGGUUUGUUACAUGAUAAGGUGUACAUGUGAUGAAUCCUUGAGAUAAGCUUCUCGAGUGCCAAUGGAAGGUGUGCGCAUUAUCUAGUU